UUAGCCACUGUCAGAAUCACAUGCUAAGGUUUGUUUGUCAGUGGUCAGCGAGUGUGAACUAGCCUACAUGGAAAAGGAAACUGGCAACAUUCUUAAACAAGCUCAUACUGAGUUUAACAACGAAAACUUUAAACAGGCUGAGGAAUUAUAUAGUCACUUUAUGGCGUAUUUUAAGAAACAAUCAAGGGAAUGUGACGCCACUGACCUUGCAGUAGCAUUGAAUAACCGCGGCCAGAUAAAGUAUUUGAGAGUGGACUUCAAGGAAGCAAUGGAGGAUUACACUUUGGCAAUAGAGGCAAAUAAUGAAUUCGAAGUGCCAUACUACAACAGAGGAUUGAUACGCUACAGACUAGGAUUUUUUGAAGAUGCCGAAAGAGACUUCAAGAAGGUUCUGGAAUUGAAUCCAAAUUUUGAAGAUGCCAAACAGAGUUUACACCAAACAAUAAUAGAUCAUCAAGACAAGAUGAACAGAGGAUAUUAAGCUAAUGGUUGGACAUUACCGUCAAGUGCUUGACCAGACCCAUUUCUAAAAUACUACAAUGUUUAAUGUAUUGUGUAAUCUGUAAAGUUGUCAACCAGACAACCUCAUGUUUCUACCUACAAUCAAGGAUCGUCACAUUUCUUCCUUGGUUCAGUGUUGAACAAAAAAAAAAAAAAAACAGAGUGUGAUCAAAUUGCUGAUUAAAUUAUUCUGCACAAAACCAAA